CUUGGAAGUCGCCAUGAUACAAACCAACUAGCAUCUACUCUCCCGCUUUCAUUUCUGAUCUCUGUCCUUGUUGUCAUUGUCGUGAAUUCAACAAUGUACCUUCGCGCCGUGCACGCUGAACUCCACACCCCCGCCCUCCGCCAAUUCAUCCGAGAGAACCCCUUGGGAUUGUUAAUCACGUCCCUGUCUUCGCCCAAUUUCCCUACGAUUCAAUGCACGCACAUCCCGUGGGUCCUCGAUGUCGAAGAUGACUCGAGCGAGACAGAACUCGGCAGACUGCGCGGUCAUCUUGCAAGGCAAAAUCCGCAUUCAAAGGCACUGAUUGAAGCCGCCCAGCAGCAUCAGCAGCAUCAGCAGCAGCAGAGUACCUCUGAUAAAGGCACCCCCCCGCCGAGCGGCCUGCAAAGCCUCAAGGAAGAAGUGUCCGUCAUCUUUAACGGCCCCGCACACCACUACGUGACCCCCAAAUUCUACGUCGACACCAAACCCGCCACUGGCAAGGUCGUGCCGACGUGGAACUACUCGGCGGUGCAGGUGUAUGGGACCGCCACCGUGCAUUAUGACACUCAUCUUGAGGGAACGGGCAAAUUCCUCCAGCGGCAGAUAAGCGACCUGUCCAGCCAUGCCGAGACGACGAUCAUGGGGUACGAAAGGCCUUGGAGCGUCAAGGACGCGCCCGAGCGGUACAUUGAGCUGCUCAGGAAGAACAUCAUCGGGAUCGAGAUCGAAGUGACCCGCCUGGAAGGCAAGUACAAGAUGAGCCAGGAGCUCGGCAACGCGGACCGGCAGGGCGUGGUGAAGGGGUUCGCAGCCCUCAACACCCAGGUCGGGGAUCUGGUGGCCAAGACAGUCGAGGAGAGAGGGACGCUGAAGGACUCGCUGAAGGCGGUUGGCUAGGCUCGUGCUUGAAACAGCAAGUUCGUGCGAGAGUGCGAACAAGGGGGGAAGUGGUCGAGCUUCUCCUGCGAGAGUUGUGUCCGCUGCAGAGUUCUUGCGUCCUGCAAGUUUGGCGGUCGACAGCAUCUAUGUAUUAUGCUAAAGCUCUUGCAAUUCCCAGCCUCGCUGGCUCUAGGCUUCGCAAUCUAACUGCCCUUUAAUAGGGAGUCUGUCAAUGAAACGCCCGUC